GCCGUGACCGCGGUCUGCGGCGAGUGUGGCCCGCCGCAGUGGCCUGUCGGGCAGAUGAACGGACCUGCCGCCAUCGUGCACGCGGGCGGUGCGGUGCUCGAGGUGCACUCCCUGCUCAUGGGGGAGAAGCUCAUCCUGGAGUUCCUCAAGGGCACGUUCAGGGGUGCGCACGAGGCCCUCGUGGUCGAGAGGGACCAGCAUGAUGAGGCCAGCGAGUCCGUAGAGGAGCCGACGAAGGCGUUCGGUGACCAGGUCGCCCGCGUGCUCGACCCGAGCAUGGACGCGCUGUCGUCGGAGCAUGUCGGGAUCACCGUCCACCUGCCGAUGGGCGAUGCCGUGGUCCAGACUGUAUGCGAGGAGCUCCCUGCAGUCCCCGUCUUUCCCGUGCUGGGCAAAUGCGGCCUGGCCGAGGACGAUCGGGACGUCGAGGACCUUCCCGAGGAGGCGGUCAAGCUGGAGGCCGUGAAGGUCGAGGCGAAGACAGUGAAGUUGCUGAACGCCUCUGCUGGGAAGACCGAGAAGAUUGUGAAGGUGCCGAUGGCAAAGUACGUCGAGAACAUCGUUCACGUGCCGACGGGCGUGACCCAGGAGGCCGAAGAGGGCGUUUCGUGUUCCUGCACGGCGUCUUCAGCGGAGACGUCGGCGGCGGGCGCCUCUGAGAGCGCCGCGGCGGGCUCCGAGCAGAACGAAAACGUCCACGAAUACGAGAAGGAGGUGAUGAAUGAGCUGGACGACAUGAUGAAGGUCGUGGGCCUCUCUGGCGGCGAGGAGCCGAGCGCGAGGGGGCCGCGGAGCUGGGAGGCCACGGUCGCGGCCAACCAGCUGGCGCACGCGAGGGCGGCCGCUGCGGCGGCAUGCCGCCGCGCCCAGUGGCGGCUCGAGCACGACGAGCUGGAGGACGCAGCGGUCUUCGGUACCGCGGUGCUGGCGGCCCCACGGGUGGCCAUCCCCCAGUGCGAGACGAUGGUGGAGGCGGAGGUGCUGACGGGGCUGGCCGAGGACGAGAGCCAAGGGGGCGAUGUGAUCUACGCAGACGCUCCAGGCGGCCUCUGCGACCAGAUCGUGCAGGCCUGCGGCCCCUUCGAGCCUGGCUCCGAGGAGCACGGGGCUGCGCUCGCGAGGGUGCUGGAGGGGUUCGGGCUCACAAUCGACGACUUCCGCUCCAUGCUCACGGCACCCGUGGGCACGAAGCGGAAAAACAAUAAGAGAAGGGGCCAGAUGACUUGGGGCUGA